GAGGAGAUAAUCUGUGUGGUUUGUUUUGGAAAAAGAAAAGAUAAGGAAGGUACUUUCAGACAUCUUGAAGAAAACAGAACUAUAUUCAUAAAUCUGUCUGAAAUGGGGGUGGGGGUGGGGGAUGGUACACCUCAAUAUUGGGUUGUGAUACUUAAAGGGAAGCCUGCCUAUUGGACCCAGAGACAAAGAUCUUCAGAACAAGACAGAAGGAUCCCUGUCAGAUUUGCUAUCAUUCAACUAAGAGACAGAAUCUGAAGCAGCAGCACCUGCAACAUCCUCAGCUCCUACCUAUUACAGUGGUUGCAGUAACAUCAAGUUACUCUCAGGAGUCUGCCCUGUGGUGAAGUUCUAAAAACUCUUGGACACCAUGGUAAAAAGAGUUGCAAUCAUUGGCGCUGGAUCCUGUGGCCUCCCUGCCAUUAAGUGUUGUUUGGAUGAGGGGCUUGAGCCCACCUGCUUUGAGCAGAAUGAUGAUAUUGGAGGACUCUGGAAAUUUCAUGAUGAAACUAUUGAGGGAAGGGCCAGCAUAUAUAAAUCCUUGACAAUUAACACAUCUAAGGAGAUGAUGACAUUUAGUGAUUUCCCCAUUCCAGAAGAUUAUCCCAAUUACAUGCACAAUACCCAAGUCAUGGACUACUUUCGGGCUUACGCCAAGCACUUUGGACUGCUGUCAUAUAUAUGCUUUAAGACCACUGUCCUCAAUGUAACAAAACAACCAGAUUUCUCUGUCACUGGCCAAUGGAAUGUCGUCACUGAGUCUUCUGGGAAAAAGGAAUCAUCAGUCUUUGAUGCUGUUUUGGUUUGCACGGGUCAUCAUGUUGAACCUCACCUACCACUCUCAUUUUUUCCAGGUAAAUUAUCUAUAGGAAGUGUCAUAACUUACAUGGCUGUAUUGAAAUUUUUCCAAGGAGGACAAAAAGUGGUUAUGAUUGGCCUGGGGAAUUCUGGAGCAGAUAUCACUGUGGAUCUCAGCCACACCACAAAAAAGAUUUUUCUCAGCACCAGGUCAGGAUCAUGGGUGCUGAAUCGUGUUUCAGAUAAUGGCUAUCCACUGGAUGUUACAUACUUUACUCGCUUCAGAAAUGUCAUCCGCCAUGUUACCCCCUUGUGCCUACUGAAUAGGUGGGGAGAAAACAAACUGAAUUCAAGAUUUAACCAUACAAACUAUGGCCUGAAGCCUUCCCACAGGUUCCUCAGCAAGUAUCCCAUUGUAGGCGAUGACCUUCCCAAUGGAAUCAUCUCUGGCCGAAUAAUCGUGAAACCAAAUGUGAAGGAGUUUACUGAAACCUCUGUGAUCUUUGAAGAUGGUACCAAGGAAGAUAAUAUUGAUGCUGUCAUCUUUGCAACGGGUUACUCCUUCUCUUUCCCCUUUCUUGAGGAGUCUGUCAUCCAAAUCAAGAACAACCACAUCUCCCUUUAUAAAUAUGUCUUCCCUCCAUUCCUGGAAAAGCCAACAUUGGCCAUAAUUGGUCUUCUCCAACCUCUGGGAGCCAUCAUGCCAAUUGCAGAGCUGCAAGCCCGAGGAGCGACCCGUGUCUUCAAGGGUUUGAUUAAACUCCCUCCUGAAGAUGUUAUGAUGGCUGAUAUUAUCCAAAAGAUAAAGGAAAAUGAGAAAAGGUAUGUGCCUAGUCAACACAUCAACUUGCAAGUACAAUAUGUCGAAUAUAUGGAUGAAAUUUCCAGCUUCUCUGGAGUCAAGCCCAACCUGCUGUUCCUAUUUCUCAGAGAUCCAAAACUGGCUUGGGAAGUCUUCUUUGGUCCUUGUACACCAAUCCAAUUCCGCCUCAUGGGGCCAGGGAAAUGGGAUGGAGCCCGGGAGGCUAUCCUAUGUCAGAGAAAAAGGAUCAUCAAAGCAACAAAAACUAGGGAACCCCCUAACACCAGGGAGGAAGACCCUUUGUCUUUGGGCUUCAUGUUUUUGAAAACUCUGUGGUUCUUGGCAUUUUUCAUGGCGAUUUUUGUUUAUUUGUAAUUUGAGUGGUCUCUCCUAGAAAAGUCCCAGCCAAGAUUUCAAAUUCAUAUAUGUCCAGCAUGUCUACAAUUCCUUUUCACCAUUUUUUUCUCUUAGUGCUUUUUUUCUCUUAGUCCUUAGUACUUUUUCUCUCCCCAUCACAAAGUUAAUGCUAAAGGCAGAGGGAUACUGACUUUCCCCAUAGUAUGUAGAUAAUCUGGGAAAGGGAAACUAAGUAUCUUCGGGUGGAUACAGUUCAGAUCUGCCAGACCAAUGUUCAUCUUCUUUGGCAGUCACUGGUCCCCAAUCCAAGAGAUUCACAGUUAAACUGACCUUUUAGCAUUUUUUAAAAAUGUCUACUGAGCAAAAGUUCAAAUGUUCUAGCUCCAGAGCAGAAUUUAAGCAAAAUAUAAACAAUUAGUUUGUGUAGAGCACUGAAGCAGAUUGUGCUUAUGUUAAAAAUGCACACACACACACACAUACAUACACAUACAUAUCGGGGGAAACAAAAUCAUACUUUUCUAGGUUCAUAAAAUUGAGAACCAUUUUACUGUGUUUCUACCAUUUCAGAAACUAGUGAGGAUGAGGAAAUCAGUCUUCAUUUCUCUUUCCAGGACUUCAGGACUCUAUUUGAGAUUCCUUUCUCUUUGCUAUGUCAAGAAUAAGGGCAGGAAGGAUAGUCCCUCUCCCUAGGCUGAAAUGGUUAUGAAAAGUUGUUAAUGAUUGUAUUCAUUCCCUUUAGCUCUUCUCUCUUGCAGGCUAUAGAAUCACCAUUAUUUUAAAAAGUGAUUUCCUCAGCUUUCCUUUCCAGCUGUUUGACCACCCCUAUAGUUCUCCUCCAAAGUCUUCUCAUCUUUUCUACAUUUUUCCCUUGCCGUAGAAACCAAAUUCACUUUGGGACUCCAAUGUAAUUGACUUUGGCUGAGACUGACUUUGAUUUGUUGCUAUAACUUGUAUAUCUAUGACAGUGUUGGGACCCUUUUGAGAUAAUAUACUUAUUCUCAUAAUGUUGCUAUUGCUAAAAACACUUUGGGAUUUUUUCUUUUAUAGUUUAGAAGAAAACAUUUAUCAGUUACACAUGAAAACAUUUCUCACUAACAGUAGUAACACUAUGGUGUUUUUGUUGUUAUUGUUGCUGUGGCUAUUUUAAACCAAAACCAAUAGCACUCAGCCUGAUCAUAGAGUGCCAAAGUUUGGUGCAACCUUAGUGAUUCCUUAUCCUGAUCUCAUUCUCUUGAUAGAUGAGGGUACUGAGGAGCAGAAAAAUUAACUGCUUUGCCCAAAGGCAUACAACUAGUUAGAUGAAAAGCCAGGAAUGAAACUGAUUCAAUAUUCUUUCCUCUUGACCAUUCUUCCUUCCCUCCAUCUUAGUCCAGAGACUUUCCUCCUAAAUGACUUUGAACUGUUA